UAAAAUGCAUUGCAUUCGUAUUGCAUGUUGUGAUACAAGUCAGUUUAAACUUUUCAACUAUAAUGAGUAAUAAGUAAUUUGUUAUCGUCCACUCCAGCAAUGUAAACAGCCUUGUAGAAGCUGGAAAAUUAGUACAUUACAAUUAGUACGUAAUAGUAAUAACCACACACGGAGAUUUUAAGGCAGUAGUCAAAUAAAGUGGUGGUUGUGGUGUGGUAUACUUUCUAUUGAUUACGAUUAAAAGAUUUUUGUAUCGAGAAGCAAAGCAGAGGGAUUAGUUACAUAUAUAAAUUAAUAAAAGAAGAAUGGAAAACCUCUUGGAUAGAUCUUAAACAUCAAGCCUCAAGGAUUCAAAAGUGAAUAUACUACAUAAUCUAUUAUUAUUACAUAAUAAGAUUUUCAUUCGACUGAAUGGAUAUGCAGAAGAAUCUUCAGAAUAACCUUGGUCUGAUUGAAAUUCAUCAAUUAAUCUAAAAUGACAACAGGAGGAUUUCAAAUGUCUUGGACGACGAUCUGUGCGCUUAUUUUCUGCGCGUUUCUACCUUUCGUGACACCAAAAACUCGCAUCGAAGUCACUUCAGACCAACCUGUGCUUUUGGGUUCCAAUGUGACCUUCAGACUAAAGUUAUACAACGUCGAUCAAGAAUCUUACGACGUUUCUUGGGUAGAGUUAGGGGACGCAUUGUAUCGCCAUAAAGUUGAAGUUCUCAACAAAACAAAUGGUUAUACAUCAAACUGGACGCUAUGGUACUUGGACGAAAAACCUAAAGAGGUCACAGAUGAUGCACCAUAUUUAAAUCCAGGCACAUACACUGUAACUGCUGCCGUCUCCUAUACUACAAUUUUUUACUUUGUCAAAAACGUGGGCACUGCGGUCACAUAUUUUGAUGUGAUUCAAGAAUUUGCUGGAACUUUGGAACCUCAGCAGCCGGGGGUAGUUGUGGUAAAAACAGACCCAAAUUUCGUUAGCACCUCCAACGAGACCACUCUCGUUACCAAAUUACACGACCCCUACAACUACUUGGCAAAGGGGGCUAACGUGACAUGGAGCUGGUUCAAUUCAACAUCUUUUAUUAUGAACACCACCACGCCAAGUUUGAAGCAGAAUAUAACAAAAGAAGGAACGUUCUACUAUAAUGUGACAGUUUCUGGGGAAUUCGACAGUUCACUAAAUCCCAACAAGACUUUGAUAAGACGGGGCAGUUUUGAGACUAACGUUGUUGCGAAAGUGCCCAUUUCCAAUUUUACCGUGGCCGGAGAAAAAUGGUUUCCUCAUGGUCGUUUACUCAAUCUUCACGUUCAGUGUGAUGGGUCCAAACCGUAUACAUAUUGCAUUCAGAUGCAGCCUGGAGCAUAUAACAUGACUGGAAACGAAACAUGCAUUUCUCCAGAAGUGACGACCGUUUGCGAUAUUCCAUAUGUUUGGUACUUUGGGGAACCUGGACUUCAUUCAUUGGUGAUCAUCAUGGAAAACGAUAUCUCAAGAAUUAUGAAUCGCACACUUGUGAAUGUGUACAAAGUUAGCAAACAGCAGCCGCUGUCAAUUAUUAUUGUCCCCCUCACAUGCACGCUCAUCGCUCUUGUAAUGAUAAUAUUUGGGAUUGCCUUUUUCUGGGAAAAUCGAGCCAGAUAUUCUGUUGAGGUUGCCGACUUUGAUUUUGGACAACAUGAAGAAUUUCCUUACAAAACAUUUGUACAGCGAUUAAAGGAUGCGCUCACGGCUUCCUCGUCAUCUUCCCGACAAAGGCUAUACAAUUCUACAGACGAUGACGCCAUAUUGGGUGGAAGAAGGGCUUCGCAGUUUUGUCACACUGAUGAUUGAUCUAUUGAUUAAACCAAACGAAAAUUCUUAUGUUAAUUUAAAGUUACUAAUUUAUUAAACGAAUAGUUUACGGAAGUAUAAUUAGUUGUACACAUUAAAGACAAGUUAUUUUGCGGAAUUCCAAA